AUGAAGCAUAUUCUUGCUUAUCUGUGUGCACUGGGGUCUUUUCUACAUGGCUUUGAUCAAUGCACUGUGCCAGAUUCUGAGUUUCAGCGAGAAGGAGAUUAUUUGAUAGGUGGACUUUUUAAUAUUCAUCAGGCCAAUAGCUCUUUUCAUCACUACAGACCUGAAGUCAUUGACUGUUCCAGUGCACCUUUUAUUCUGUCCAGUUAUCGGAGGUUUCAGUUGAUGAGAUUCUCUGUAGAAGAAAUCAGCAAUUCUACCAAGCUACUGCCAAAUGUGUCUCUUGGCUAUGAAAUAUUUGACCACUGCACAGAUACUGUGAGUUUCCCAGGGCCUUUAAACCUAAUCUCUGUUAAUGGUUUAAUCCGGCCUCUGGAAGAACCACACAGGAACUUGUCCAAAGUGAUAGCAGUGGUCGGGACUUACACAAGCCCUCAGGCACAAGCUGUUGCCCCAUUGUUCAUGAUGGAUCUCAUUCCAAUGGUCAGUUAUGGAGCUGCCAGUUCAAUCUUUUCAAGAAAACAGAAUUAUCCCUCUUUCAUGAGAACAGUGCAUCCCAAUAAAGAUGUAAUUGAAGUCAUUUUUAGCAUUUUGACGGAAUUCAACUGGAAAUGGGUUGCUUUCCUUUAUGUUGAUGAUAGUUAUGGCAUAGAUGGUCUACAAUUAUUUCUAAAGAAAAUCAAGGACACUGACAUCUGCCUGGCUUAUAACAAAGCCCUUGAUCAUUACUCAGAUUACAAAGCAAUAUUCAAACAGAUCAAUGCACAAAAUGUAAAUGUCAUUAUUGUGUUUGCACCUGAAUGGACAGUUGAAGAACUCAUGAAUUCAGUGAAACAAAUAAAUGUUACAAACAAGGUGUGGAUAGCAGGGGAUGCAUGGUCAUUAAGCCAAAAGAUAAAAGACCAGAUACAAGGAAUCAAAAAUGUUGGAACUGUACUUGGGGUUGCUGAGCCAAACAUGACAAUACCUGGUUUCAGUGAGUUUAUUUAUUCUUUCAAAGCUCAGACUCACUGUGAAAAUGCAAAACAACAGAAGUUUUGUAAUCAGAUUUGCAACUGCGGUAGCCUAACUGCUGAGGAAAUCAUUGACGCAGACCCAUCGUUCUCUUUUCCUGUUUAUUCUGCCGUGUAUUCCAUUGCUCAUGCCUUACACAAUAUCUUACAAUGUGGAGCUGACAGAUGUAAAGACAACAUUACAGUCUACCCCUACAUGGUUCUGACAGAGCUGAGGAAGUCAAAUUUUACACUUUUAAAUCAAACUAUUCAGUUUGAUCAGAAUGGUGACCCCAUGUUUGGAUCCUAUGCAAUAGUUUUUUGGGACCAAGAUGGAAGUGUACAUGAAGUUGGCUUUUAUAAUUUUCAUGGAUCAUUUGAUUUCUCCAUCAACAGAAGCAAAAUUAGGUGGCAAACAGGGCAAGUGCCUACUUCAGUGUGUUCUAAAGAAUGUGAAGUAGGGUACAAGAAAACACAAGAUGGAAAUUACAAAUGUUGCUUCAAUUGCACAAUCUGUCCAAGUGGGACCUAUAUCAACACCACAGAGGAUCCCUACAGCUGCAUCAAUUGUAACAACACACAGUGGUCUGAAGAAGGAAGUACAUCAUGCAGUCUGCGAGUGGUGGAGUAUACACCAUUUACAGACAUUUGGGCUCUAGGGAUCAUGGUCGGUGCUUUUAUCUUGGUGUUCAUCUCACUGGCCUUGUCUGUUCUCUUUGCCCUGAACUACAACACGCCUGUUGUCAAAUCUGCUGGAGGACCAAUGUGCUUCCUAAUUUUAGGCUGUCUCAGUCUGUCUAGUCUUAGUGUAUUUUUUUAUUUUGGUGAACCAACAGUUGCUUUCUGUAUCUUAAGAUAUUUACCAUUUCUCUUAUUCUUCACUGUUUGUUUAGCUUGUUUUGUUGUGCGCUCUUUUCAAAUUGUUUGCAUUUUCAAAAUAGCAGCCCAGAUACCCAAACUCCACAGCUGGUGGAUGAAAUAUCACGGACAGUGGCUGUUCAUCACUGUGGCAUUUGUGACACAGGCAAUCUUCCUUCUUAUUAACUAUAUAUAUGCUCCCCCGAGUUCAAAAAUGGACAUCUAUUGGAACCCCAAAAAAAUCAUACUUGGUUGUGAUAUUGACUUUAAAGCAGCAUUAAUUUCUCUGGUUUUACCUUUAUUAUUUUGUUUUCUUUGCUUUGUUUUUUCCUACAUGGGAAAAGACCUCCCAAAAAAUUACAAUGAAGCCAAAGCAAUAACCUUUUGCCUCCUCCUGCUGAUCCUCACUUGGAUCAUCUUUGCCACUGGAAGCAUCCUUUAUCAGGGCAAGUACAUCCAGCCCCUGCAGAGUCUGGCAGUACUCUCAAGUCUCUACUCCUUUUUGUUGUGGUAUUUCUUUCCUAAAUGUUAUAUUAUAAUUUUUCAACCUCACAAAAACACUCAUCGUUACUUUCAAAAUCUUAUUCAGAGUUAUACCAAAACCAUAAGCCAGUAG